CCCCUCCUUCUGCCUCCUCCAUCCACCCAGUCCCUCCCUUCCCUCCAUCCCCCCUUUCCUCUUUCUGUCUUUCUUCCCCCCCUCCCACCACUCCCGCCCGGGGCUGGGGGGCCCAGGUGGGGCCAUGGCGCUGGUCACCUCGCCCACCGAGCUGGAGUGCCUGGCCAAGCCGCUGUUCUGCCGCAAGGGGGCGCUGCGCCAGAAGGUGAUCCACGAGGUCAAGAGCCACAAAUUCACGGCGCGAUUCUUCAAGCAGCCCACCUUCUGCAGCCACUGCACCGACUUCAUCUGGGGGAUUGGGAAGCAGGGACUGCAGUGUCUAGUCUGCAGCUUCGUUGUACACAAACGGUGCCAUGAGUUUGUCACCUUCGAAUGCCCGGGAGCCGGGAAAGGACCCCAGACAGAUGACCCCCGGAGCAAGCACAAGUUCAAGAUCCACAGCUACAGCAGCCCGACUUUCUGCGACCACUGCGGCUCCCUGCUCUACGGGCUGGUGCACCAGGGCAUGAAGUGCUCCUGCUGCGAGAUGAGCGUGCACAAGCGCUGUGUGCAGUGCGUGCCCAGCCUGUGCGGGGUGGAUCACACCGAGCGCCGGGGCCGCCUGCAGCUCCGCAUCGAGAGGCUCGGCGGGGAGGAGAUCCGCGUCUUCGUGGGUGAGGCCCGGAACCUCAUCCCCAUGGACCCCAAUGGGCUGUCGGACCCCUAUGUGAAGCUGAAGCUCAUCCCGGACCCCAAGAACGUGAGCAAGCAGAAAACCCGGACUGUGAAAUCCACUCUGAACCCCGUGUGGAACGAGACUUCCUAUUGUGACACGCUGAUGCCGGGAGACAUGGAGCGGCGGCUGUCCGUCGAGGUGUGGGACUGGGACCGCACCUCGCGCAAUGACUUCAUGGGAGCCAUGUCCUUCGGCGUGUCGGAGCUGCUCAAGGGACACGCGGACGGAUGGUACAAGUUACUCAACCAGGAGGAAGGGGAGUAUUACAAUGUCCCCGUGGCUGAUGCUGAAAAUUGUGAGCUGCUGCAGAAAUUUGAGGCCUGUAACUACCCCCUGGAGCUGUACCAGAAGGUGCGCCACGGCCCGGGCCCCUCGCCCACCCCCAGCCCCACGGACUCCAAGCACGGCAGCUUCUUUGGGACCAGCCGCUUCCACAUCUCCGACUUCAACUUCCUCAUGGUGCUGGGGAAGGGCAGCUUCGGGAAGGUGAUGCUGGCCGAGCGGCGGGGCACGGACGAGCUCUACGCCAUCAAGAUCCUGAAGAAGGACGUGAUCAUCCAGGACGACGACGUGGAAUGUACCAUGGUGGAGAAGCGGGUCCUGGCGCUGGGCGACCGGCCGCACUUCCUCACCCAGCUGCACUCCACCUUCCAGACCACGGACCGGCUCUACUUCGUGAUGGAGUACGUCAAUGGCGGGGACCUCAUGUACCACAUCCAGCAGGUCGGGAAGUUCAAGGAGCCUCAUGCCAUGUUCUACGCCGCAGAGAUCGCCAUCGGCCUCUUCUUCCUGCACAACAAGGGCAUCAUCUAUCGGGAUCUGAAGCUGGAUAACGUGAUGCUGGAUGCCGAGGGCCACAUUAAGAUCACGGACUUCGGGAUGUGCAAAGAGAACAUCUUCCCCGGAGUGACCACCCGGACCUUCUGCGGGACCCCCGACUACAUUGCCCCGGAGAUAAUUGCCUACCAGCCCUACGGGAAGUCGGUGGAUUGGUGGUCCUUCGGAGUGCUGCUCUAUGAGAUGCUAGCAGGGCAGCCCCCCUUCGAUGGGGAGGACGAGGAUGAGUUGUUCCAGGCGAUCAUGGAGCACACGGUGUCCUACCCGAAGUCGCUGUCCCGUGAGGCCGUCUCCAUCUGCAAAGGGUUCCUUACCAAGCACCCCCUGAAACGCCUUGGCUCGGGGCCGGCCGGGGAGCAGGACAUCCGGGAACACGGCUUUUUCCGCUGGAUGGACUGGGAGAGCCUGGAGCGCCUGGAAAUCCCGCCGCCCUUCACCCCCGCCCGGUGAUGUGGGAGGAGCGGCGAGAACUUUGACAAGUUUUUCACGCGGGCGGUGCCCGCGCUGACCCCCCCGGACCAGCUGGUCAUGGCGGGGCUGGACCAGAGCGAAUUCCAGGGCUUCACCUACAUCAACCCUGACUUCGUGCACCUCUCGCUGCGCCCCCCCACCUCCCCCAUCUCCAUGGUCUGACCCACCGGCUCCCCCAUGGCGUAACCUGCUCGCAACCUGAGUGCUUCCCCCCGAUCUACCCCCACAUGGUCUGAGCCCCCCUCCGCCUGGGUUGUGUGCACAGAAAUGCAGCUUCUGGGGUUGGGUGCAGGGAUUGGGUGUACGGGGACCCCUCGCCCGCCCCUAUUUAAUGGCUACGCAGCAAAUCCGCAAAAGAAGUUUGGGACAGGAAAUGAAAGAGAAUCUCACACCCAACCGCAACCGCGGGCUGGAUUUCAGAAGGCACCAACUGCAAGGGGAGAGUGCCCCCUAUCGAGCCCCCUGCUCCCUGCAUCCCAGUGCCCCCUAGCACCUCCCCGGGGCUUCGGGGCCAGCCCUGCCUGCCCGGGAAGAGCGCCCCCUGCUGCUCCCCCUGCAGCCCAGCGCCCCCUGGUGCUGCCUUGGGGCUUUGGGGCCAGCCCUGCCUGCUCGGGAAGAGCGCC